GGCUUUGAGUUUCACUGUGUACGGCUGCUGCUACAGUGGAGACGGCAGAGGAGAAAAAAAAGGGAGCGAAUGUGCGCUUUAGCUGGGAGAGAGAGAGGGAGGGAGGACAGCGAGUGCGCGAACAGGCAGCAGCCAGGCGGGCACAUCAGCAACAGCGGCUGAGCAUCUUCCCCCGAUCCUCGCCUCCUGACUCUGCGUCUAUCAUUAUUUAUUUUGGUGCCAAAUUUCUGCGUGGCGUGUGCGCCUCCGCUGGAGCCCCUCACUGCGCGGGGCUGAAGUGUCCAGAAGCGUCCAGCGACCGCUCACCUCCUACCGCUCACUUUCCUCCGGAGCUCGGUUUAUUCUUAGCUCAGCUGCAAGAGACACUGAGAGAGAGACACACACACGGAGGGAGACUGUCCUUCCGGUCCUCUCUCUUAUUUCUCCCAGUUUCUUGAAUAUUUAAUGGAAAAUGGCGAUCUGCGCGCAGUCGAUCGGCAUUUUCUGCCUCUUUGCCGUACAAACUGUACUUAUCAUAUGCGUCUCCACACCGACAGCCGGGACCCACCACUUCCCACAGCACUACACAAUGAUUCACUGGGCCGGACGCAUUGAGAAGGAGCUGGAAAAGGUUCUUCAGCACGUUACUGGAGCUCAGCAGAUGAGAUCGAUUUAUAAUGAGAAGAAGAGCCAGUUUGAAAUCAAGAGAAACAACCCCAAGGACCUGGUGGAGAGAGUGGCGAGGGACAUCUCCAAGCUGCUGAACAGCAAGAGUAAAGCCUUAGAGAAACUGGUCCGAGAGGCUGAGCAGCUUCAGAAGGAACACGUGUGGCAAGACGGCGUGACGGAAAAUGCCAUUUCAUACUACGAUUCCAAAGCGGAUUCAGACUAUCAGACAGAGGAUGGAGAGGAGGAAACUCUGCUGGAGAGCUCGUCUUCCUUGGAGCUGGAGUUUGUCGACGAUCCCAAUUUCAAAAACAAGGUCAACUACUCCUCCAGUGCCGUUCAGAUUCCCACAGACAUAUACAAAGGCUCCCCUGUGAUCCUAAAUGAGCUCAACUGGACCCAAGCGUUGGAGCGAGUCUUUAUUGAAAACCGGCGAGAGGACAGCUCUCUACGCUGGCAGGUGUUUGGCAGCGCCACAGGAGUGACGCGAUACUACCCAGCCACACCUUGGAGGGCACCCAACAAGAUUGACCUGUACGACGUUCGCAGAAGACCAUGGUAUAUCCAAGGUGCAUCAUCUCCAAAGGACAUGGUCAUCAUUGUAGAUGUGAGUGGCAGUGUCAGUGGACUUACUCUGAAGCUCAUGAAAACCUCUGUCAUGGAGAUGCUUGACACACUAUCAGACGAUGACUACGUCAAUGUGGCAAAGUUUAACGAAAAGGCUGAGGCUGUUGUCCCAUGCUUCAGGACUUUGGUCCAAGCCAACGUUCGCAACAAGAAGAUCUUCAAGGAAGCCGUCAUGCAUAUGCAGGCCAAAGGAACCACAGAUUACAAAUCUGGCUUCACAUUUGCCUUUGAGCAGCUUCUCAAUGAAAGCAGUGCCCCGAGGGCUAACUGCAAUAAGAUGAUAAUGAUGUUUACAGAUGGCGGUGAAGAUCGUGCUCAGGAAAUCUUUGAGAAGUAUAACUGGCCCAACAAAACUGUUCGAGUUUUUACCUUCUCUGUUGGGCAGCAUAACUAUGAUGUCACCCCUUUGCAGUGGAUAGCAUGUGCUAAUAAAGGUUACUACUUUGAAAUACCAUCAAUUGGAGCCAUCAGAAUCAACACACAGGAGUACCUGGAUGUCCUAGGACGUCCCAUGGUGCUGGCUGGGCCUAAAGGUAAACAAGUGCAGUGGACAAAUGUCUACCAGGAUGCUCUGGGUUUGGGGCUCGUCAUCACUGGGACGAUGCCAGUUUUCAACCUCACUGCAGAUAGCGCAAGCUCUCAGAAUCAGCUCAUCCUUGGGGUAAUGGGAGUAGAUGUUGCAAUUAAUGAAAUCAAGAAGAAGACUCCAACAUACAGACUUGGGGCAAAUGGCUACACUUUUGCUACCGACCCGAAUGGUUACGUACUGCUGCAUCCUAACCUAAGACCCAAGAUCAUUAACUUCAGAGAGCCCGUCACUCUGGACUUUUUAGAUGCAGAACUAGAAGAUAACAACAAGGAGGAGAUCCGUCGGCAGAUGAUUGAUGGCAAAUCGGGGCAAAGAAAAAUCAAGACACUCAUUAAGUCAGUUGAUGAGAGGUACAUCGAUGAAGCCAUUCGAACGUAUACAUGGACGCCCGUAGAAGGUACAGACUACAGUCUAGGGUUGGUACUGCCCACAUAUAGUGAGAACCAUAUCAAGGCCAACCUAAGUGAUCAGAUCCUUCAGGUGCAGUUGCCAUACACCAAGGAUUUUGAAUCUCUGCUGCCAAACAGUUUUGAGUCUGAAGGACAUGUAUUCAUUGCUCCCAGGGAGUACUGCAAUGAUCUCGAACUGUCCAACAACAACACAGAGUUCCUUCUCAACUUCAUUGCUCUCAUGGAGAAGGUGACACCAGACUCCAAACAAUGUGAAAGUUUGCUCCUCCACAAUCUGAUUCUGGACACUGGCAUCAUCCGGCAGCUGGUCGAUAAAGUGUGGAAGAAUAAAGAUUUAAAUACAUACGGCUUCCUGGCUGUGUUUGCUGCAACAGAUGGAGGUAUAACAAGAGUCUUUCCAAACAAAGCUGCAGAAACCUGGGAAGAAGACCCAGAACCGUUUAAUGCCAGCUACUACCGCCGCAGCCUUGACAACAAGGGCUACAUCUUCACAGCACCUUAUCGAUCUGCCGGGUCCGAUCUGUUGAACCCAGAAAACGACACAGUAGGAAUUCUGGUCAGCACGGCUCUGGAUAUUACAAUAGGAGGGAAGACAGUUAAACCUGCAGUUCUUGGAGUAAAGUUAGACCUUGAAGCCUGGACUGAUAAAUUCAAGAUUCUUGCCAGCAACCACACGGACAGCCGUCAAGGCUCAAAUACGUGUGGACCAAACAGGGGUUGUGAGAUGGACUGUGAAGCUAAUAGUGAUGAUCUCCUGUGCUAUUUAAUUGAUGAUGGCGGUUUCCUAAUCAUGUCAAAUCAGAAGGAUGACUGGAGCCAGGUGGGCAAAUUUCUUGGUGUCGUUGAUCCAAGCUUGAUGUACGCUCUCUACAACAACUCCUUCUACAAACGCAAGCAGUCGUUUGAUUAUCAGUCUGUGUGUGAGCGAGUACAAAACAGUGAAGCUGGAGCUGCUCGGAGAGGAGUGUUUGUGCCGACAAUUGCAGAUUUCAUAAACCUGGCAUGGUGGACAUCAGCUGCUGCAUGGUCCUUGUUCCAACAGCUUAUAUAUGGUUUGGCUUAUCACAGCUGGUUUGUCACAGAUGAGGUGGAUGCAGAAGGAAUGGAGUCAAAAGAGAGGAGCUGUGUGAUGAUCCAAACCCAGUACUACUUCAGUAACCUCAGCAACACCUACAACAUUCUCCAAGACUGUGGCAACUGUUCCAGGCUGAUUCAUGCCAAGAGGAUAAACAACACCAACUUGCUGUUUGUGGUAGCAGAAAAGCUGCCAUGCAGCACCUGCGAGAUAGAAGAUCUUUCCCAGGACAAGGAGGAGUUCAAGGAGGAAAAUCCAUGUGAAGAAAUGACGGCAGCACGGUAUCGAAAAGGACCUUCCACCUGCUUCGACAGCAACAUAGCUGAGAACACAUCAGACUGUGGAAGAGGUCACUCCUUCCGUCCGCCCCUCUACACCCUGCUGCUCAUUCAGCUGCUCCUGCUUUAUCCAGCUCUCAGCCCCCAUGAUCACUCUCUGUUACAUUAACUUCAUUCUACUCCAGCUCUCUUCAUCCUCGCUUCCUUACCUUAAAAUUUGCCCCCCACCCCCAUCUCCUGUCCUCCUUACCUGUGUCCUGCUGUUGUUUUAGUCAUAGUUAAUUACGGGACUUCACGUCACAGUUAGCUGGAAGCCCCGGAGUGCAGCACCACCCAGCUCGGACACUGGAUGUUUUUUUCCUCAGCCCGCUUAACCUACAUCUACAGGCCGAGCUGUUGGUGCAGGACCAUCAAAGCACCCCAGAAAAGAGAAAACAACCCCCUUCUUAUCCAAAUACCACCAUUAUCUAGAAAAGGGAGAGAUCCUGACAUAGACUGGAGAUUUGAGGCUGCCUGUCUGCCCUCCUCCUCCAACGGCCGGACUUCUUCUUCUCCUUCAUCUCAGAGUCUCACCAUCUGCCUCUCGUAAGGCUGUGGACCAUCCAGCCAGUUAUACCACCAUAGAUAACAAGAAAAAAAAAACAAGUAUUCAAAAUGUCAAGUAUUACCUGCUAAAGUGAUGAGUAUUCCAAACACGCUGUAUGCUUAGGAUUUAAUUUGAAAAGAAAGUUAAGUGUUAACCUAAAAUGCGCUAUAUCUACUUGCCAAAAUGAGAUAUAUUUUCACGUGGUCUUAUUUUUUUUUUUGCCAAAAACACAAAGAGGAAACCAGAUUUAGAUUCACAGCAGCUGAGUUCUGAUUCACUUUGUGCAGCUCUAACUAACAGAAGUCCACUAGAGAGUAUUAUUGUAAUUACAUGACGGAAAAUCACAUUUUUCUUAAAGUGUUCAUGAUAGUUUGUCAGUGCUAGAGCUUUCUGGCUCGCAGAACCUUGGCUGUAAAAUCUGAAUCCGCGUUCGGUUGCUGCAGGAACAUUGUUGAUGUUGUGAGGUAUUACUCUCUUUUACGAUCAAUCGAACCAUUCUGACCUCGAAAAAAAGAAGAGAAAAAUCUCACCUCUUAAAGAAAAAGUACUUCACCAAUGCUCCGAAUCACAGUUGUUGCAGUGUGUAUGUGGUUGUGUCUGACUCAAAGCCUUUCUUUGGGAGGGGCCAGUCAUGUUUGAUUUUACUUUUGACUGACACUGUUCAAUCUGUAAAACCAUCUGCUGCUGGGGGUUAGGGGCUUAUUGUUAUUUUCUGUGGUGAAGAAGGGGCCACUAAUUAUGGUGAUCACGUACAGUAGUAGUCACAGUUUGUUCUUUAACCAUUGCCAUGUGUUAAUUUUCUUUAUAAUAAUUAUUAUUAUUAUUUCAGACUCCCACGUUUAGGAGCCACUCUGUUUCAUAGUGCCUUUACGCACUUUGUUUUGGCUGUAUAAGAGUGAAGUAACUGUAUAGUACCCAUGUUUGAGGCUUUGGACGCUACAGGAGACUGAAUCUGUCGGUUGACGCUGUAGAAUUAGCUUUACACUGAGCCACCACGCUGACCGGCUCCGCUUAAUGUCCUUUCCCCCUCCAGAGCCUCCUGUCUGCCGUCACAUGGGGAUUACUAUACAGUUCCUUUACAAAACCAUGUAUAGAGCUAUGAUACACUAUCGAUAUACAGCAACUUAACUGGCCAUAGUGUGUUCUUAGGGCCACCUGACUGCUAUCGUUCUGCCUGGUUUGUGUGUGUUUGUGUGUGUGCGCGUAUGUGCAUUUGUUUUGAAAGCCCUCGAAAGGAUCGUCGAUGAUGUUGCCGUGUUUGGGUGUGGCGGUGAUAUUUGAGUUAGCACAACUGUUUCUUACUGUUUCAGUGUUGCAGCAGAGAAAAUCCAGUGUUGUGGUGGAGAAAUAAACAAAAGGAUCCACCUAUAAAGUUCUGGUCAUGAGUUUACAUGUAGUUACAAUGGGUUUUAUUGUCAUAUUAAAUGUGGCAUUUUACUGACACAUUUGAAUCGUUCCUAGAAUCAUUACACGACAUACAACUUCAGUGACGCUGAACAAAUAAGAAUCGCAUGCUCAAGCUUAAAUGUAUUGCUGAUCUUCACUUCUCCACACAUGGUCCAAAUUUUACACACAGGCUCAAAUGUUUUAUUUGGAUAAACGUAAUAUUUGUACAAGCUUCUGGCUGGAAAUGGACCACUCUUCUUGUCAACGUUGGUGGAGUUCAUUUAAAUGUAUUGGUUUUCUGCAAUAAUCUUGACUUUUAAACAUAGACGACAAUUUUCAACAUGGUUGACUUUGGGAACCCGAUUCAGAAAGCAGUAACCCUUCCAAAACUAGCUUUGAUGUGUGUUUGGGAUCGAGUUCCAAGUUUCAAUGUAUUUAAUCUCAGUUGUCAUUGAAAUAUCAAUGUGUGCAAAAUCUUAAUAGCAAAAGACUGACUGCAUGCGAUGUUGGAUGCUAUGUAUUCAGUCUCUUCUUGUCAUUAAAAUAAGUAGCCAUUUGGAUGGACUAUCACUGUCCUUUUUGCUCACUUUUGAUCUAGAUCUUAUUGACCAAGAUGCUAAAGCUCGGAGAGAGAAAUGUGGACAUAAUGAUGAUGGAAAAGCAAGGGAGCUGUGAGGAAAAUGUUGGUUAGUCGCAAUCGAUAGCAUUGAAAAUCAUUUAAAUAUUCAACUAGAAUGUCCGGAUGUCAUGUUUUCCUUGUACUGUGCAGCCCUACAUCUGACCAAAACAGUCUCUCUUAGAUGAAAGAAAUUUGCUAGUAAUUUCAAGAACAACACAGGAACCACCAAAGCUCAAGCCUAUCAUAAUCUUGAAUAUGCAACACCAAUGUCGCUGCUAGCAAGUUUUACAUCCGCAUGGACUGAAAGAAUCCCGAGCUCCAAAAUGAAAACCCUCAAGCUUGAAGACACAAAUGUCUUCAGGAGGAAACAUUUUCUGGUCAGACAUAACCAAGAGUGAGCUUUUUGGCCUCAAUGACAGGAAGUAUUUUUGCACAGUCAAGGAAAAGCUAUCAAACCUCAAAACAAUUUACCAAAAUUGAAGCGUAAUGAUGGAGACAUCAUGCAACAAUCAGGUAGCGGGACUACCUUACAUCUUACUGUAAUCCAGUACAUUAGCAUUGUUCACAUCAGCAACAACAAUGAACAGCUAGAUCACUGAUAACUUGGAAACAUAUUGAUGUUUCAAAGACGAUCCCAAACACACAUCAGAACUUGUUUUUCAAUGGAUGAAGCAGACCAGUUUCUGAAAUAGCAUCCACCUCUGUCCUUUGAAAAUGUGUAGUCUAUGCUUAAAACCUGGAUCUGUGCCACGAAACCAACUGUUUAUAUAUAGUUCUACCAAUUCUGCCAAGAGGAGUGGUCACAUAUCCAACCAGGAUUAUGUCUGGACCUUGUUAAUGGUUGAGAGGCAACUUGUCCACAUGUGGAAGAAAUAAAUACAGGAAAAAAAAUCUAUUAGAAAUUAAAUUCAAGAGAUCCACACAGACCAUAUGUUUAUGUUAACCUCUGACCAGAACUGUAGGUGCCACUCUAUUUAAAUGUUAAUACAGAGGAGAAGAAGAAUGUGUAGUUUAUUAGUGCAAAAGAGUUAUAAACGCUUCUUUAAAUGCCUUAGUGUUAUUCAGUGAGGAGCUUUGAUUCCCCACUUAAACCCUGUUUCUCAUGGAAAUCCUAACUGAUUCUAAAAUACUCCCUCUGCAGACUUUUCUUAGUGUUAUGCAUUAAGGGGCUCUGAGCUCAGUUUUUUUUUUCCUGAUGAAUUGUUGAUCGAUGCAUGUCUGCAUUAACAAUGCUCGAGUGCAGGUGGGAGAUUUCCUAUUUUUAAAGCCCCUGACCUUGGAUGUUCACACCCACUCAGAUCCUGCUGAAUAGCUCAGGUGGGAAUGAGUCACGCAACAGUUUGAACCUUAACCACACACUUUGUACAGUCGUUGGUACAAUGUCAUGUGACAAAUCAUGCUGGCACAGUAACUGCAGCUCAGCUCUUUGUAAAUCUGAGAAAACACAAAAAAAGAGACUGGUAAAGGAGCUAAAUUUAAAGAAGUGUCUUUCCAAUUUGAUGCAGUUUUACUUUUCUGGCAUUUGUUUGUCUCUGUCCUGUGCCAUUAAUUCUGUCUGUAAUUCCCUAUUUCAACUGUUUGUAAAUGAACGCUAAACACGUGCCUGUGGAAAUGUACCUCCUUCUACUUCCUCUCUUUCCAGGAUCCGUACACUAAAUAUGAAAACCUAUACUUUGUGCACCUGCACUGAGACAUUUUUGCACACACACCUGUAAGCAGACCUGGUAAUGACACUUAUUUGGACCCAUUUGGGGAGAUGUUGAACAGGUGGGUGGACGAAGGGCUGGGACGUCAGUUCCUAGGAGUUUUCUGCAGGGUUCCAACUGAUUUCAAAAUUUCCAUACUUUUCCAGACCUUGAUUUAUGGAUUUUUCUGGUGUUUUUUUGCAACCUUCGAACAUUUGAGUACAAAACCUUAACCUCGAAUUCCCCAAAUCAUUAAACAACAUAAUACAGAAUUUGGAUUCUGGCUUUUUAAGGCUUUUUGGGCACCUGGACUAUCUUAGAUUAGCAACAUUUGAAAAUCUAUUUAAACUUGGAGUAGUUAGAUCUGGACUACAUUAUUAUUUACUAAAUCCAGAUUCUUUAAUGCACAGAUUCUAAUCUGUGCUACCUUCUUGAGGUCCAAGGAUGAGGUCUUGAGGCCAAAAAAGCAGUAAAAUUGCCCAAUUUAUUUAGUGAAUGAAUGUUCCUUUAUUUGCUGGUUCUUUGUAACACGUCAAUGAACUUAGACAAAUACCCAUGUUGAAUCGUGGCAAAUCAAACAUAAAAAGGAGAAUAAGUAUUAAAAGCAUUUUUCUCAGUAAAUAUGUUGUUCUAAUUGAACUAUUGACCUGACAUUCUCUCUGGAUGACAAUAAGAACCCAAAUAAUCCACACAUACAAAAAUGAAUAGCACAGGAAAUAAGUAUAGAACAUUCUUGCUAAAACGUGUUUAAUACAUUUAUAACGAACAAGGCCUUACUUUUGUUGGCAUUGAAAGCGUCAAGACAUCGCAAAACUGCCGCAUGCAUUGCUUGGGUAUGAUUUUGAUCCACUCUUCUACACAAACUGACUUCAGAUCUUGAAGGUUCUGCAGCCCUCUUCUAUGCCCGCUCAUCUUCGGUUUGUUCUAUAGAUUUCAGUUGGACUCGGGUGAUUGACUAGGUCAUUCUGCCUGCCUUAUUUUUUUUUCUGAGACUAAUCUCAUGUGCUCGUGACUGUGUUUGGGGUCAUUGUCUUUCUGAAAAAUCCAUAAUUUCAUCUUCAGACGGACAUUUCUUCAUUCAACCCUCCUUCAGUUAUAUGAAGUCUGUCAAAACCAUAUGCUAACAAACUUUAUUGUUGGUCUACUGAAGAGAGUGAAUUUUUGUCUCAUCUUGGCAGACUCUUUUCUCCCAGAAUUUUAUUAACUUUGCCAAAUGUUACACAACAAAUUUUAUACAAGCUUCAACAUAUGUUUUCUUUAGCAGUGGAGUCUUGUGAAGGGAGCAUAAAUAGAGAAACAACUGAAACAACUGUACCUGCUAAUUCUAGGUCUUUCAGAAGCUCUUUGUGAAUAAUUCUUGUCUUUUGGUCAGUGCUUCUGAUUAUUCUUUUAUCUCCUCUGUGAGAAACCUGGUGAGGAGCACAUGGUAAUGAUUGAUGUUUGAUUAAAUGAUUUUCUUUCUACUUAUUAAUCAUGGCUCUUAUGGUGCUGAAUGGGAUAUUGUAGAAGUUUGGAAAUACAGCAGUAACCAGUACCUUUAGUAUAUUUUGCUACAAUAAAGCUAAGAAUGUCUUGAGAGCGCUCUUUGCAUCAUGGGAUUCUUCUUGUACAAUACUAUGGUAAUGAGAAAACCUUUUAAAAGACCAUUAGUUAGGCUUAUCCCAGCUAAUAUUAAUUUGCACCAACAGGGGGCAGGAUUUCUUUAUAGUCAUCAACAUGUAGACGCUGUGACAUUCCAGGUUUCUUACAUUAUUUAUUAAUUCAUUUGUGUUCAUUUAUUUGUAUGUGUGGAUUAAUUGGAUUCUUACUGACAUCUGUUGCAAACUUCAUGUCAAUAGAGCGAUGAGAAAAAUAUUUAGUCAGAAAAUGGUUGAGAUGUUCAGUACUUAUUUUUACCCACCAUAAAUAUAACAUAAUAAUAAUAAUAAUAUUUAAAUAUAAUUCUUUUUUUUUUUUACUUCAAAUAAUGGUAUAAGGAAUGAAGUCUGGAAACUAGCAUUUUCCUUGCUUCAUUGUCUUAUUGCAGACAUGGACAAUGAUCAACACAUCCCAUAAUUUUGCAGCUUUUUCUUGAGACUGCAUAGGAACCUUGUUUCUGUGAGCAGGUGGGAUGUCAAAAGUGAGCUCAGGGAGUGGGUCUCCACAGAGCAGCGGGGGCCUGUUAAGCUUAGGAUCACGGACGUAUCCUGCAGCACCAUGUUGGCGUGCAUCCUGACGGGACACAUGUAUCUGAUUUCUCCAGUUUGACAGAUUUCUUUUUGCCAAAAACAAAAAAGUAAAAAAAGAAAGAAAAAAUAUAUUAAAAUUGGACCAGCUUGGGGAUGAGAGGGAGGGGUCAGCUUAAAGACAUCAAGCAAUGUUUUCAUAAAGGGCGUCCCCCCCGCGACCCUCGCUGUCUUUGUGUUGGUGCGUCUCUGUGGGAAAGACGUGCGUAUGUGAUUCUGUAGUCUGUAGUCUGGUGCUAUGUGACCAUGUUUGACAAGAGUGUGAAAAAACAGCAACAUUUAGAGGAAAAAAAAAGAGUUAAUUCAGUCAAAGUUAAAGUGACGUUUAAAAAAAUUUAUAGGAAUACAGCACUGUUGAUAAGUCUGAGAUCUGAUGUCGAAAUGGUUUUAUUAUUAUUUUUUUUGUUUAUUUAUUUUCUGUUUUUGUUUUACUUAUUGUACGUGUGUGUGAGCGUGGAGGUUUGUGCGUGUGGAAGGUUUAGCUCCUUUCUUUGGGCACUGGUCCAUGUCGCUCCAUUCUUUUGUACAGAUGAAGCUUAAAAAAAUAAAAAAAGAAGAAGAGGGCAAAAUUUGUAAAAUAUUGUGUCUGUGACUCCUUGUAAAAUAUUUUCAAAUUGUUUAUUACAGAGAAUCAGUUAUUAAAUAAUGUUCAUAUUUUUCACUUCA